GGUUGAGCUAUAGUUAGUUAGCUUUGGACCCAUGUAUAUUAAUGGGUGCAGUACUAACAAUUAAUUCAUACACUAAACUAACACCAUAACCAUUCACUCUUCUCUUUCUCUUUUUCACUCAGGCCGGCCAUUUCAUCUCACUCUUUCAGAUCUGGUGUUCUGUAUUUGAUUGAAGAUAAAUAUAUGAUGGCGGCAUCAUCAUCAUCGGCUCAUGAAAAUUGGUUUGAAGCUGCAAGAGAAGGGAAUUUAAAGGUUGUGCAGGAUUUGGUUAGAGAAAUGCCAGAAAUAGUGAGAGCACAACAUCCGAUUUCAAAGGAGACGGCUUUGCAUAUUGCAGCCAACAAUGGAAAUGUGGAUGUUGUAGAAUAUUUAGUGUCACAAAUGGUAGAAAAUGAUUUAGAAAUUGAAGAUAAUCAAAAAUGGACUGCUCUUGCAUCGGCCACAAGGAGUGGAAUCACCAAAAUCGCUGAGUGUUUGGUUAGAAAGAACAAUAGGUUAGUUAGUAUUGCAUGUGGUCUUGAGGAGCAUAGUUGUUUACCACUUCAAUGGGCACUCACCUAUGGACAGAGCCAUAUGGUUCGAUAUUUGUAUAAUGUUACCCCAAUUCAACAAUUAUUGGCUAACAAUGGCGCGCGUGGAGCUAAUGUCCUCUAUUGGAGUAUAACUUCACAAUUUUAUGAUUUGGCUUUGGAGUUGGUUGAGUGUUGUCCAGAAUUGGUUAACCAUAAUGCCGUGUUUGCGUUCGCUACUAACAGAGACUUUACUGCAUUUCCGAGUGGAUGUCGACUCAACUUUUGGCAACAAUGGAUUUACGACUGGAGUACUAUUAAUGUAUCGAAAAAUGUUGAUGCCAAUAUUCAUGACACUACGAGGACGAGGACGAAUGAUAUCCCAAAAAUCAUAGAAGAAAACCAAAAUAAAACUCGUACAUUUCAACAACGUUUUGCUUCAGUUCUCUUUAAAAUUUUAGGAAUAAAAAGUAUGGAAGAAAUGAAAUUACGACAUCAUUACACGUCGAGAUUGCUAAACUGCAUGAGCCAAGAGAUAAAGAAGAGAGGGGUCUCAGUUUAUGGGGCCUUUUACAAAUGUGCUGAGGAAGGAGUGGUUGAGAUGUUUGUUAGUUUAGCAAAAACAAAUCCUCACCUUGUGCUUUACUACAAUGAUAUAGGAAGAAAUGUUUUCAUGGCUUCAAUUGAGUAUCGACAACCACAAAUUUAUUGCCUUCUGCAUGGGGUUUCUACUAAACAUGUCACUAUAGCAUCAUUAGAUUGUGGACUUAAUACCAUGUUACACAUGGCUGGAUUGUUGGCACCUCCUAAUCAACUUAAUAAAAUUCCUGGGGCUGCAUUACAAAUGCAAAGUGAGCUACAAUGGUUUAAGGAAAUAGAGUCAAUUACUUUACCAAAACAUUUACAUUCAAAGAACAAAGAUGAACUCACACCAAGAGAGUUGUUCACAAAAGAACACAAAGAGCUAAUGAGCAAUGGAGAAAAAUGGAUGAAAGACACAGCAAGUUCAUGCAGUUUGGUAGGUUCUCUAAUUGCUACCAUAAUGUUUGCAGUAGCAUUUACAGUUCCUGGUGGCAAUGACCAAAACACAGGUUACCCAAUUUUCCAACACAAAAAAUUGUUCAAGAUUUUUAUAAUAUCAGAUGCUUUUUCACUCUUCUCAUCCACAGCCUCAGUGUUAAUGUUUUUGGGAAUGCUUACAUCAAGAUAUGCUGAAGAAGAUUUCCUCAAAUCAUUGCCCACAAAGUUAGUUAUAGGACUUCUUACACUUUUCAUAUCUAUUGCAACAAUGACAAUAGCAUUUUGUGCUGCCCUUUUGAUUAUGUUGAGUGGUGAGUCUGUGUUUAUUGCUACUCUUUUUUUGCUUGCUGGACUUCCCAUUACUCUGUUUGGGUGGAUGCAAUUUCCUCUUUUGGUACAGAUUUUUAAUUCCACUUAUAGGCCAAGUAUCUUUCAAAGGAAUGUUAAAAGAUGGUUAUAAGAAGGUAACUAUUUAUAUAUAUAUAUAUACUAGGUGAUUGUUA